AGUUCAAUGCUGAAGACUAUGCUAAUGAUCAGGAAGCACCUCUUGAAGAAUUAUUUGAUCAUUUGGAUCACUUUAUUAAUUAUUUUCAAUAUGAUAAUAUUAAUAUCGAUCAAUUUUUACCUGCUGGUGCAACUUUAAUUAAGCGUGAUAAAAAUCCUCCUCGUGGUAAAUCCAUAGAAGGCAUUGAAUAUAGUAUUUCACCAGAUACUGAUUUUCAUAAAUGGUACAAGAAUUCAGAAAAUCGACGGGAGCACCCUAUCACAGCAGGUAAAGAUCAAUCAAUAAAAGAACCACGACCUAAUCAAAAACUAAGCAAAAAAUGUGACUGUAAAUCACGCAUCAUUGUUGCUAAUACAAACACACCUAAUGGAAAACAAAUGAUUAUUAAAUAUACUCCCCAUACUAAUCACAUUCCUGGCUCUGAAAAUGACAUUAGCAUAUUAAGACUUUCUAAGGAGAUUCGUAAUUGGAUUACUGAACAUAUUCGAGAUGGUCUUAAUGUCAAGAGAAUUAAUCGACUGUUCCAAAAAAAUAAAACAAAUGCCAUUAUUAUAAAAGAUAAUCUUGUAACCUGCGAUGAUAUUUACAACAUCUGGAAAGAAGCUAUUGUUAAUAAUCAGAUGAAACAUAAAUCCGAAGCACAAAGUAUAGAAUUGUGGAGAAUUGAGCUCAAUCAAAAAAAUGACCUUACCUGCACAAUUCCAAAGGCAGAAGAAAAAACCCAGUCAUUAGGACGUAAACUCACAUCUGAUGAGAAAAGAUCAUUAGAAAAUGAAUACGGAAAUCUUAAUGGAAUUGACAAAAUCAUGUGGAUAAAAGCUUACCGUACAAGAAUUCCACGCACUAAUAUGGAUAUGACAAAUAUGCUCGAAUCUUGGCAUAAGCGUUUAAAGUAUGACAAUUUUGAAGGCAAAGUAAAUAGACGCAUUGAUGUUUUAAUUUAUGAACUAUAUAUCGUAAUAGACGGUGAUACUCAGCAACAAUGGCGUCUUGCUGAUCCACAGCAGCAAGUCCCUACUCCUGAAGAACUUAUUUAUAAUAUUCAUGAAAUGACGCAGAACCUUAAUGAUCUUGAUGUCAAUUCUUUACAGGUUGUUCGCAAUCAAUUGUCCAGAGUUCUUGAGGAUGUUCACAGGCCGGACAGAACUUUUCAGGAAGGUGACUGGGUAAAUGAUCAAAAUAUUAAAUUUCUACCAAAUGUAAGUAUAGAAAGACAGUGA